CGCUUCAGCUCUUCAUCACAAACAAGAAGAUGGCUCUUCGUCAAGUUUUGCAGCGUACCGCCGCCCCCAUGGCCAUGCGCCUGGCCCUCCGCCCCCUCUCCACCUCGGCUUCUCUCUUCGCCAAGCGCUACACCGAGUCUCACGAGUGGGUCGAGGUCUCUGGUAACAUUGUCACCGUUGGCAUCAGCGACUAUGCCCAGUCGGCUCUUGGUGAUAUCGUCUUUGUCGACCUUCCCGAAAUUGGUGAUGACAAGGACAUUGGUGAGGAUGCCGCUGCUGUUGAAUCGGUCAAGGCUGCCAGCGAAAUCUACGCCCCCGUCGCCGGCUCCAUUGCCGAGGUCAACGAGGCACUGCGUGAUCAGGCCAGCUUGAUCAACGAGGCUGCCGAGUCUGAAGGCUGGAUCUUCAAGCUGGAAGCCGAGGAUCUCGCUGCCGUCGACUCCUUCAUGACCAAGGAGCAGUACGACAAGUACCUCGAGUCGGGUGAACUCUAAGCUGCGCUUCCCUCGCCUUCUCUCCUAUCACCACGUUAGGCCUCCAUAACCUCAAAUCCUUACCGUACCUCCAUCCCCCCCUUUUCCAAUUGUGCUUUUGUGCCUACCCAAAUCCACUUUUCAACCCUCA